CAACAAUGGACUGGCUCGCGGAUCCAUAUAUUGUGAUAUUUUAGUAGUUUCCAACCGUUCUUAACAACAACAACUACUACUACCAAUUAGAUAGGGAAGUAAAUUGAUAAUUAUAAAGUUCAUCCAAACGUUUGAAUGAACAACCUUUGCCGCUGUUUAGUUGUGGGUCAUUGUCAAGGAAACAAAAGAGGGCAUUUUCUAAAAAUAAGACUUAUUCAAACUGUUAUGGCAAACAGAGACAAUCUGUUCAAAAGGGAGUACACAAACAGGAAAGUAAACCUCAGGGUUCUCUUAGACAUGGAUGGAGUGCUAUGUGACUUUGAAGGAGACUUCCUUGAAGCAUUCAAGAAACACUAUCCAGAAGAACCAUGCAUUGAACUCAAGGACAGAUCUGGCUUUUGGCUUCGGGAUCAGUAUGAGAAACUAAAACCAGGUUUAAAUGUCAAGUGUUCAACAAUCUACAAUGCUAAAGGGUUCUUUCAAAACCUAACAGAAAUCCCAGGAGCAGUUGAGGCUGCCAAAGAAAUGUUCCAGAUGGAAGGGGUCGAUGUGUUUAUAUGUACAAGUCCUGUCAAUUAUUACAAAUACUGUCUUCAGGAAAAGUUUCACUGGAUAGAGAAACAUUUGGGAAAACAAUGGCUGGAGAGAAUCUUGCUGAUGAAGGACAAAUCUAUGGCAAAUGGUCAUCUUCUCAUUGAUGACCGGCCAAAUGUAUCAGGGGCAAAUCCAUAUCCAUCCUGGGACCAGGUUCUGUUUACAUCGUGUCACAACAAGAAGCUGGAAACCAGUCAGCGUCGUCUGCACAAUUGGUUUCGGUUUCAUCUCCCUCAAACGGGUAUAUCGUUGAAGUUUGCGCAAAAACUAUAACGUCAUUUCACUAUUGACCAAUAAAAAACAAGGCUAUCAAGUUACGCGCAAAACAUAACGUCAUUCGGCAACUUGUUUAUGACCAGAAAGUAGUGCCAUGAAUAUUAAUGUUUAAACUUGCAUAGGAAGUGGGUUCAUCGGAAAAUGAAAAACCGGUCACGUGAAAAAAAACACUGUCACAUGAACAAAUUAUCCAAUCAGAAUGCAGCAUUCAUAUGAAUGUGACAGAAGUUGUAAUUAUUUAAUCCCUGAUGACAUGUAGCCGAUAUAAAUAUGAAAAACAACUUAGCUGUCAGUAGGGACUUUUGAAUACUUAACAACAUACUAUUACACAAAAAUGAAAUCAGACAAUUGUGAAAACUUAGGUGCAAUGUCUUUAAUAAAAUUCAAUCAAAA